AUGAGAAACUUACGAAGCUUCAUUGCCAUGAUUCUCCUGGUCUCUUUGCUGCUGGUCUUUUUCUACUCCUCCCUUCAUCUGGAGAUGACCCACAGUCACAGAGCUGCAAUUAACAAAAAACCAACAGAGGGGCCUCUGAGCAUCCAGGACCAGGUCCAGGUCCAGGUUCAGGACCAGGUCCAGAACCAGGUCCAGGUCCGGGAGAGCAUCACUGUGCCUCAUCUCGAAGUUCAAAACAUAUCUGACAGCUUUAAACAGGCCAUACCUCAAAAUGGAGCAUACUGGAACCGUCUGCUGUACUCGGCGCUCAAGAAUCAGGGCAUUGGAGGAAAUUCUUCCAGACGUGACUCUGAUUGGUCGAGCUGUAAGGUGGUACAUCAAGAGGUUUUAAGACUCAAUGUGCACGACUUCAAUUUAUACAACUUCCUGUUCCAGGACUUUGUGCAGGGCAUGGGCUGCAGGACCCCGCCAGUCCUGAUCAACGUACCUAAGAAGUGCGUCUCUGCCGGUGGGGAUAAGAACGGUGAGAAGUUGCUGCUUUUUGCCAUCAAGUCGACUCCUGGACACUUUGAGCGGCGGCAGGCUGUGCGGGAGACCUGGGGGGAGGAGGGGGUGAAGCAGAGUGGGCUCAGAGUUCGCACAGUGUUCCUCAUGGGGAGUCACCAAGCCGACGACCCCGACCUCAGCCCACUCCUGUCGUUUGAAUCCCAACUCUUUGGGGACAUCCUGCAGUGGGACUUCCAGGAAUCCUUCCUAAACCUGACGCUGAAGAUGAACGUGCUCCUGCAGUGGACCCUUCAACACUGUGCACAUGUGAACUUUGUUUUUAGUGGAGAUGAUGACGUAUUUGUCAACACACCGCUCUUACUCAGCUACCUGCAGUCUCUGGAUUCAACAAAAGCCUCUAAGUUGUAUAGUGGACACGUCAUCAGCACAGCAAGUCCAAUCAGGGACCCGAAAAGCAAAUAUUACAUCCCUCUCAGCUUCUAUGACGGACCUUACCCUGCGUACGUCGGGGGAGGUGGACUUCUUAUUUCUGGAGCUCUACUCAGACCCCUUUAUUCAGUUUCACAUGUUAUCCCUUUCUACCCCAUCGAUGACGUCUACACAGGGAUGUGUUUUAAAGCCAUAGGAGUUUCUCCUGAGAUACACCCCGGCUUCCACACCUUUGACCUCAAAGAGGCGGACCGUGAGAAUGUGUGCGUCCAUAAAGAUCUCAUCUUGAUUCACAAACGCUCCCCGCAGGAGAUAAAGAGGCUGUGGAGGGGCAUCCACAGCCCUUUUCUGACUUGUUAA